AUGUCUUCCGCUACAGCCAGCAACUCAGCCAACAACUCAGAUAAACACCAUGUUAUGGAACAAGAGUAUGGUCCUAACUCUGAUCCAGUCUCCUAUCAAAGAUACCCGACCAAGCUGGCCAAUCCAGCACCUAUGGGACUCUUCUCGUUCGCGGCAACGACCUUUAUCCUCUCCCUUUAUAACCUCCACACCCGAGGCGUCCAAGCCCCCAAUGUCGUCGUCGGAAUGGCCAUUUUCGCAGGAGGUCUCACCCAGUUCAUAGCUGGAAUGUGGGAAUUUCCCCGUGGAAACGUCUUUGGGGCCACUGCCUUUGCAUCUUACGGUUCCUUCUGGCUUGCCUAUGCGACGAUCAACAUUCCCAGUUCAGGAAUCCAAGCGGCAUUUGCGAACGAAACAGAGUUCCAUAAUGCACAGGGCAUCUUUCUGAUCACUUGGUUCAUGAUUACCUUCUUCUUCUUGCUUGCUGUGAUCCGAAGGCAUAUCGCGUUUUCGGUUCUCUUGACAUUACUCGAUCUCGCUCUUCUCAUGUUGAGUAUUGCAGAGUUUACGGGGAACGCGAGCAUCUUGAAGGCUGGCGGCGUAUUCGGAGUCUGUACGGGGCUAGUAGCGUUCUACAUCGGCGUCUCUGAACUACUCACGGCUGAACCCAAGCCGAUUAUCAGGAGAGUACCGCUUGGAGUUUUGCAUAAGGUGUGA